AUGACAAACCUGGCUGGAGCCUCCGCCGGCCAGCCGGGGGCGGGAGGCGACGACAAGCAGCGGCGGGAGUUCGCCCGAGAGGACUAUGUUCACAAGGUGCCCGAGGGAGACCUCCGUGCGUCGCAGCACUUCAGUAACUUGCUGUUCAGCGGCGACCUGCUGAGCACGGCGAUGGAGCUGGCGCUCCUGGUUGGCCUGACCUCUGCAGCGGUCCUGUUGCCAGCAGGCACCGUCAACGUGAACGGCAGCAUGCCUCUCUUGGAGGUGGCGGCGUUCUUCUGGUGCACGAGCAUCGUGACGAGGGUUUACAAUUCGUACCUCGAGGCGUGCUACUUUGCUUUCCCGCAGUACCGCACACAGCCGCCGAGCGAUCACGCGCUGGUUGACCGCAAAGACUUGUGUGGCCGUGACAGAGUCCAGCUUGAGCGGCUGGUGCUGCACGAUAGGAUGACGAUGUUGACCCAGUUCGCCUUCGGCGUGCUCGUGUACUACUGCCUGCCGGGCUAUUACCCCGCGGCUGAGAACGUGAAGGACAGUCUCCCCGUCAGGGUCGCGAAGCUCGUUUUGAACCACUACAUCAUGUCCUUUGGCAUGUACUGGGGCCAUCGAGCUUACCACGUCAACCCCUGGCUCUGGAAGAACCUGCACUCGGUCCACCACUGGGCCCGGCACCCGCUGUCGCGGAACACCUAUCAGGACCAUUGGUUGGAGAAUCUCGUCAAUCAUGUUGCUGGGCACUUCGCCGCACAGGUCCUGUGCCCCAUCGACCAUGGUUGCUUCUGGGUCUCGCACGUGUUUCGCAUCCUCGAGAGUUUGGAGAAGCACUCUGGCAUAAGCUGCUACCUGAACCUCGCGCACCAAACACAGCGCUGGAUGCCUUACGCACAGAUGCCACAUCACCACGACUGGCACCAUGAGGGGCACAAGUCGUGCAAUUACACGUUCUCUGCGCUCGGUGGCGUGUGGGAUUGCAUCUUCGGCACGCCAGCCGCGCUAGCCUGCGCCGUGGAGCAGCAGAGCCCCCCCCCGGGGGUCUCCCAGGGCAGCGGCCACCCCCCGCCAGGCGCUCUCUCGUGCGAGGGUUUCGCUGCACGUCGCUGGCCGAUGGCGCGUAACCUCUGCGUGCCAGUCGCCGUGCCGCCGAGGUGCCUGGUCAGCGGCAGCAAGCACGACGGGGUGACAACCGUGUCGAUGGUGCGGCGCUGGAUCGUGUACCUCAUCCUGGGGCUGGCCGUGGGCUCUGUCACGCUCUGCUGCCAGGCCUACCACCCGCACUGGGCGACCCACACCGCGUGCCGCUUCCUCCAGGGCUUCGCCGGGGCGUUCAUCUUCUUCUACGCGUUCCUCCUCUCCGUCGAGCUCUUCAGCGGUGAACCAGUUAUGAGGGAGCCCUACGGCGACGAGUACAAUCAACAGUACGCGUUUCCCGACAAGGUGCCAAACGCGGGCGCCGGCGACUUCGCGACUGCCGCGGUGCUCGCUCGCUCCGGCGACCUCGGGCAGCCGCUGCCGGCAGAGAUGGUCACGCCCACGAAGAUGAAGAAGACGAUGAAGGCCCGGCAGCUGGCGGCCCGCGGCUCGGCGCGCGGGGGCCCCGCGGGCUCGGCGGCGCGGGAGGCGACGAGGCGGACCAAGGUGCCCGUGAGGAGGACGGCAGCGCAAGCGAAGAGGUACGCCAGUGUGCAGCAGGCGCCCGCGGUGGCCCAGGCCCUCCUCUCGGAGGCACCCGGGCUCGGCGCCUUCAGGCGCGGGCGCGCCGAGCUGUCGCGGCGCUGCGCCCGGAUCCUGGACAUGUCCUUCGGGCGGCACGAGGAUCGCACGCCCGUGCCGGAGCUCCGCGCCAGUCUUGCGGACCUCGCGCGGGCCCCGAUGUCCAGCGAGGCCGCGGCGUGGGUCGCGCGGGUCGUCGAGGCGGCGGGAGCCCACCUCGGCGCGGUCAACACGGACAAGAGUUUCAAACCGUUCAUCUUGUGCGUCCAGCACGUGGCCUCCAUGGCAGCUUACGUGUAG